AUGGAAGAAGAAAAUGUGGUGCCUGAUUGUAGUGAGCUUUCAGACCUGGAGAAUACAGCAGAAAGUGAAUCUGAUCUUUUCACUACAUUUUCUGUGAAAACACUUUUUGGAUUUACAACUAAAUUUGAAUCUACAGCUUCCAAAGAAGAAACAGUGCUUAAAGCAUUUCAACCUUUGCACACCAAUAUAAGUACUCAUGCUAACACCUGGCAUGAGAGGAAUGAUAAUGAUUGUAAUGACGUCUCAGAAAAUCAGCACGGCAUGAAUAGUACCAGUGGCCAAGCUGACCCAAUGUCUAGCAGGCAAACUGACCUGGAACUGGAGUUAGCUGAACAAAAUGAAUUGCUUCUUCACCAUUUAAGGUUUGUACAGACUUCUUUGUCUGAAUCUGACAAUGAUGACAAGGAUGCUAUUCUUGUACAAGGUACUUUGGUUCAUACAACAAGUGAUACAGAAUCGGACACAGAGAGUAAGGACCUAGACAUCGAUGAGAACAAUACAAGCGAAUCUGGGCUAAAUAAUGCUGCUUUGUCUGCUGAGGCUUUGGACGAUACCAAUCAAAAUAAGGAAGAGUCAGAAUCACAAGGGCACAGCAACAGUGAUGACGCUGUGGAUACAGAUGACAUUGAGUUACACCCACCAAUUUCUAAGCGGCUCCCAAAAGAGAUGGAUGGUAUUCUGGAGCAUGACUCCAGUGGAAAAGACAAAAUCUUAAUGGAUGAGCAGUUCAGCCACUUUCUUGCCACAGGGGAAUGCCCUCAAGAACUUCCAGUUGAAGAACAAAGACGUUCAGCUGAUAAUACAUCGCUCCAAAAAACAGCACUGGCUGAAAAGACUUUCCAGCUGCCCGCUUUCUUUAGUGGACUACGUGUGAGGAAAAAGGGACUAACCACAGAGGAUGGGGAAACUGUUACAGAAAUUAAACCAAGGGAGAAUGAUUUAGCUCUGCUUAAAUUACGACAGCCUGUUAAGAAAUCCAGUAUUACAUCAGGUUUGACCACUAAAAAAAAGUCAGCUGAACCUAAAGCAAGUCCUACUUUCCUGGAACAACUUUCGCACUUGUUAAACAUAGAUGUCUCCAAGAAUGAAGAUAGAACUGAGGACUCUGGUGAGGGAUCUGGAGAGACCGAGGAUAGUGAUGAAGCUCAAGAGAACAAAGCCUCCAGCAAAACAGAACCACGAUUUCCCUCUGAGGAAAUAAAAUCAAACCCUGCUGAAUCUGCACUGGAUGUCUUUAAAGCUUUAUUCACACGGCCUCCCAAAAAAGAAACAACUGCAGAUACUUCAGAGCUGGAAGCCAUAAAACGCAAAAUGAGAAAUGAAAAAGAGUCCUUGAAAGCUGUAUUUGAAAGAUCAAAAUCAAAACCUGGGGAUGGACCAUCAGACAAAUCUCCUGACCUGAGUCCCUCGGAGCAAGAUGACAAGACUCCAGGGAGACUCCAGACUGUCUGGCCGCCACCAAAAGCAAAGCAUGAAGAAGUAAAAGUAGGAUUAAAGUACACAGAAGCAG